CCAGCGCGGCAGGUGGUGGCGUCUACCCGCACCUAGCCAAACCCGGACCGCGCGAGGAAAGCGCCCUGACCAAGCCGAGACUGGCGGCCUCCCGGGGCUGGGCGCUGGAGAGAGCACAGUUGCAGGAGUGGCCGCUGCCGAAGUCCCCGGGCAGGGGGCAGGGCCAGAGGAUUGCACGUUCCGGGUGCCGGGGCGACACUCUAGUCCCAGGGGACUCGCCGCCCAGCCCCCGAGGGUGCAGGAGCGUCUGGCCGCUCACCUGGGGCCGAGAGGGAGCUGCCGGGCGGGGAGGUGCCGCAGGCACCGGGCGGGCAGGGCGGGGCAGGACAGGACGGCCGCCUCCGCAAGUGCCACCCGGCCCACCCGGGCCUCUCCCUUCUGCCCGGGACGUCGGCGGCCGGGGCGCUCGCGGGCCGGGGCUAUAUGGGGCUCCCGCGCGGGCCGUUCUUCUGGCUGUUGCUCCUGCUCACGGCUGCCUGCUCGGGGCUUCUCUUUGCUCUGUACUUCUCGGCGGUGCAGCGGUACCCGGGGCCCGUGACCAGAGCCAGGGACACCACAUCAUUUCAAACAUUCUUGCAACCCAAGGCAUCGAAUUCUUGGACAGGAAAGGGCCAGGCCUGCCGACACCUGCUUCACCUGCCCAUUCAGCGGCACCCCCACUUCCGUGGCCUGUUCAAUUUCUCUGUUCCAGUGCUGCUGUGGGGGGAACUCUUCACCCCAGAGCUCUGGGACCGCCUGAGCCAACACAAAGCCCCGUAUGGCUGGCGGGGGCUCUCUUACCAAGCCAUCGCCUCCACCCUGAGCCUUCUGAACAGCUCAGAGAACGCCAAGCUGUUCGCUCCGCCCAGGGACUCCCCUCCAAAGUGUAUCCGGUGUGCCGUGGUGGGCAACGGAGGCAUUCUGAAUGGGUCCCGCCAGGGUCCCAACAUCGAUGCCCAUGACUAUGUGUUCAGACUCAAUGGAGCUGUGAUCAAAGGCUUCGAGCGCGAUGUGGGCACCAAGACUUCCUUCUAUGGUUUCACUGUGAACACGAUGAAGAACUCCCUUGUCUCCUACUGGAACCUGGGCUUCACCUCCGUGCCACAAGGACAGGACCUGCAGUAUAUCUUCAUCCCCUCAGACAUCCGCGACUAUGUGAUGCUGAGAUCAGCCAUUCUGGGCAUGCCUGUCCCUGAGGGCCUAGAUAAAGGGGACAGGCCGCACACUUAUUUUGGACCAGAAGCUUCUGCCAGUAAAUUCAAGCUGCUACAUCCGGACUUCAUCAGCUACCUGACAGAAAGGUUCUUGAAAUCAAAGUUGAUUAACACCAAUUUUGGAGACCUAUAUAUGCCUAGUACCGGGGCUCUCAUGCUGCUGACAGCUUUGCAUACUUGUGACCAGGAGUGUCUUGACUGCAGUCCCCAAUUAGGAUGGGGAGAGAGUAGUAAUGGGCUUUUGCAUCCACCCUCCAGUUCCAAACCCAGCUCUGGCAAUCACCAGCUAUGCGACGUGGGGACACAGUGAGUCACCCCUGAAUCCAUCUCGCCACUUGCUAAGUGGGAAUAAGCCCUAGACCAUUAUCCUCACCUCAGCAGGGGGACACCUUUCUAAACUUAUGUCACUUCACACUAGAUGCUCAACAAAUAAUAAUCCAAUGACUAUCCUUGCCCAGGUCAGUGCCUAUGGAUUCAUCACAAGCAACUACUGGAAAUUUUCCGACCACUAUUUCGAACGAAAAAUGAAGCCAUUGAUAUUCUAUGCAAACCACGAUCUGUCCCUGGAAGCUGCCCUGUGGAGAGACCUACACAACGCUGGCAUCCUUCGGCUAUACCAGCGCUGACCCCAAGGCACUGAACCCUUUGCUUCUUCAAGACUUGCGGCCCUGAUCCUCUCAAGUGGCCAAAAGCUUUUUUCUUAACUUUUCAAUCUUCACCUUCCUUUCUUUCCAACAGAGGGCACUGGGGUGAAUUCACGACUAUCAUCGAGGUCUGUUCAAUCCAGGACACCCCAGUUUGUCCUUGGCUCAUCCAAGAAAACUCCUCUAUGCAUCUAAAACAACACAUCUCAAUCUUGGCCAAGGGAAAAUGGACUGCUUUGCUGGAUUUGCACUGAGCAACUUUAGGAAAUGUCGGUGGAGUGUUCACCAAGAUCAAACAGCAGUACAGGUGAAAGGCAAACACACAAGCUCCAGCCCAAAUCCUCCUGGUGGCGCAUCCUACCCCAGAGGCUAAAGUGAUUCAAGGACUCCAGGACACCUCUUAAGAGCCUUUCUAAGAACAUGAUAGGCUUACUUCUGCUCCAUAAUAAAGUGGGAGAAAAAAGAAUGUAACUUAAGACUAGAUAACUGUGUACAUGAUGGACCAUUUUCUUUUUUUGGCUGGGUCGAGAAAUCAUAUAAAAUGCAGGGUGUUCAGCAUGGAGAUCACUCUCAGAACACUGGGAGGGUCUGGCACUCGAUGGGGGUUAGUUGCUUGGCAGCCUGCCUGCCACUGAGGGAAGUCCCAUUAGAGACGUAUCCCCACCUUGUCACCAACAGGAUGAUGUUACCAGGUAAUAAACCCUCAUCUUGUAUCUUG